UGCUUUAAAUGUGGUUCCGUUACUGUAAUUAAUUUCCUUAAUCUCUGUUAUUCUAAACUUGGGGUUGAUUUUGCUCUUGAAAUUUGAUGGUGGGUUUUGGUGUUGGAGGUCAAUUUUGAAGGGUUCAGUAAAGCUUGGAUUUUGUAGUUGGGUUUUUCAAACAGAUCAUCAACAAUGGAAGAUAAAAGUCAAAUUGAGCGUAGUAGGCAGAACAAUAUGCUUCCUCCACAAGCUGAAACUUUUCAUGAUCGUGAAGACCUCAUCCAAUAUGUUCGUGAUUUUGGUGCCAGUCAGGGAUAUGUAGUGACCAUCAAGAAGUCGAGAAAAGACAGAAGAGUCAUCCUUGGUUGUGAUAGGGGAGGUGUUUAUCGUAAUCGGCGUAAAAUUGAUGAGAGCAAACGCAAAAGGAAAGCAAAUUCACGCCUGAUAAACUGUCCCUUUGAAGCCAUUGGGAAAAGGGAAGAUGAUUUGUGGGUACUCACAAUAAAGAAUGGGGAGCAUAACCAUGAAGCAUUAAAGGACAUGUCAGAGCAUCCUUAUAGUCGUCGCUUUACUGAGGAAGAGGUCAGGCAAAUUAAGCAAAUGACAGAAGCUGGUAUAAAACCACGUCAAGUUCUUAAGGCUCUCAAGCAAAUGAAUCCUGAACUGCAGUCAACACCAAGGCAUCUGUAUAACCUAAAAGCAAAGAUCCGUCAAGGAACUCUAUCAGAGAAAAGUUUCAAGACAUGGAGACCUGACAGGUCUGCUUUAGUGAAUACAAGUUCUGCUCCCGGUGGAGGGUCACGGAUGCAAAGUAACCAGCCGUUGAAGGUUCCUAAUUUUAUUGGAGGAAAAUUUGUUGAUUCACAAGGAUGUUCAAUCAUUGAUGUAGUAAAUCCUGCAACACAAGAGAUUGUUUCUCAUGUUCCUCUAACUACCUAUGAAGAGUUCAAAGCUGCAGUUAGUUCAGCCAAGCAAGCUUUUCCUUCAUGGAAAAACACACCUAUUAAUACUCGUCAAAGAAUCAUGUUUAAGCUCCAGGAGCUCAUCCGCAGAGACAUUGAAAAACUUGCAAUGAAUAUCACCUUAGAGCAGGGUAAGACGUUGAAGAUUUCUGAGAGUGAUGUGCUCCGUGGUACAGAGGUGGUCGAACAUGCUUGUGGGAUGGCAACUCUACAGAUGGGGGAGUUUGUACCUAAUGCAUCUUAUGGUAUUGAUACAUACUCGAUUAGGGAACCGCUUGGUGUUUGUGCCGGGAUAUGCCCCUUUGAUUUUCCAUCUGUGUUUCCCUUAUGGAUGUUCCCAGUUGCAGUUACAUGUGGCAAUACAUUUGUUCUUAAGCCAUGUGAAAAAAAUCCAGGAGUUUCAAUGAUACUUGCGGCACUUGCUAAGGAGGCUGGUUUGCCGGACGGUGUGUUAAAUAUAAUUCAUGGCACUCAUGACAUUGUAAAUUAUAUCUGUGAUGAUGAUGAUAUAAAGGCUGUAUCACUUGUUGGCUCGAGUACUGCCGGAAUGCAUAUACAUGCAAAGGCAGUUGGUAGGGGAAAGCGUGUUCAGUCCAAUAUAGGAGGAAAAAAUCAUGCAAUCAUCAUGCCUGAUGCUAGCAUGGAUGCAACCCUGAAUGCUCUGGUCAUGGCUGGUUUUGGAGCUGCAGGACAGCGGUGUAUGGGUCUUAAUACAGCUGUCUUUGUUGGAAACUCACCAACCUGGGAGCGUGAACUGGUGGAACGUGCCACAACCCUGAAAGUCAAUGUGGGAACAGAUCCCAGUGCAGAUGUUGGUCCAGUUAUUACCAAAGAGGUGAAGGAUUGCAUAUGCAGUUUAGUUCAGAGCAGUGUUGAAAGCGGUGCUAGACUCCUUCUUGAUGGGAGAAAUGUUGUGGUUCAAGGCUAUGAGGAUGGCAACUUUGUUGGUCCUACUAUCUUAUCUGAUGUCACAACCAAUAUGGAUUGUUUCAAGGAAGAAAUAUUUGGACCGGUUCUUCUGUGCAUGCAGGCUGCCAGCCUAGAAGAAGCAAUCACAAUUAUAAACAGAAACAGGUCUGGAAAUGGAGCUUCCAUAUUCACAACAUCUGGCAUUGCUGCAAGGAAGUUCCAGAAUGAAGUUGAGGCUGGGCUGGUUGGCAUCAAUGUUCCUGUUCCAAAUCCGUUGCCACUGUCCUCGUUCAACGGAUCCAAGGCAUCUUUUGGCAGCGAUCUUAAUGUCUCUGGUAAGGCAGGAGUGCAAUUUUACACCCAGAUCAAAGCCGUUGCACAACAGUGGAGAGAUUUACCUAGCUUAGAAUCAUCAUUAGCCGUGCGUCCAUAUGAGACAAAUAGAGUAAGCAGAGGUGUCUCUUCGUCUUUGCCUUCAACAUCUGAGAGAGAUUCACCUAGCCAUAGAGUAUCAGGAGCCAUAAAUUCAGAAUCUGAGAGUGAUUCACGAAGCGAGUCUCCAAAUGGUGGAGCUCCGUUGUCCCUCCCUUCCACAUCUGAGGUAGCUCGUCCAACCCAAGGAGCCUCAUCUAUGUCUUCAACAGCGUGUAGGGAUUUGUCUAGUCAGGGCCUGUCCCUUGUCAUGCCAGCAACAUCUGAGAAAGAUCUGUCCGGUGUGGAUAUGUCGCUAGCCAUGCCUCGAGCAAAAGAAAGGGAUAUGCCAGAACACGGUUUCACAUUGACAUCUUCUCAGUCCACAGAGAGAAUCUAUAUGCCUCAAACUUCUCACUGGAUGGAAACCUCAAGACUGACAUGUCAAGGGACUGAAAAUAUUCCACCAAGUUCAGAGAGGCACUUUGUGCCAACAUCUCAGAUGAUUGACAAGAAUGGCAACACGUCACUGUCAUCUCAAAGGACUGGUACUUCUGUGCCAUUGACUUCUGAGAGUGUUUAUGCACCUGCCUCCCAGGACAAUCCGGCUACAAUAUCACUCCGAAACGAUGGUAUGACCUCAACUUCUCAUAGAACGGAUCCCACAGUACGUCCAACCUCUGAGAGGGCAUACAGACUGGGAGCAACUCACCUGAAUGAUCAUAUGGGUCAAACAUUUCACAGGCCCGACACCACCAUGUUUUCCACAUCUGAGAGGAUGUACAUGCCCGCAACAUCUCAUCAGCAUGACCGUAUGGGUUCAACAUCUCAGAGAACUGAUAUACCUAUGCAUUCAACUUCGGAGAUGAUGUUCAUGUCUGCAGCAUCUCAAAGUACUGAGGAGUUGGCCAUUGCUUCUCAACCAGCCUCAGAGAGAUUAUAUUUGUCUCCAUUAGUUCCGAGAAAUGCUGGUAUGCCUCAGAAGAUGUUUCCCCAGAACUUUAUAGUUUUGAGUGAUGAAUUUUCCACACAAGGAGCAUCCCUGACUUUGCCUACAUCUCAGAGAAUAUAGCCAGAACAAAGUAAAUACAUUAUUUCAUCUUCUGGGAAUCAAUAGAAGAUAGAUCUUACGGUAGUACAAACUACAAAGUAACUUAUUUUGCUAAAUCGAUAGUUUCUCUUUUAUAUUCUCGCUUUUCUUCCUUUUGUACGUCAUUCUGGUUGAAAAAAUUGGUGUAGCAUAAUAGCACUAUUGAUUGGUAGAA